UAAUUAGUUGUCUUUUGUAAAAAAGUAAGCACUGAGUGUUUCUUUAAGGAGAUAACGAUCAAUAUAUAUAUACAUAUAUACCCGAGUCAUAAUAAUUCUGAAUUGAUAACUGAUAAGUAUUCCUUAAGCUGCAUACUGCCACUAAAAGUCAAGAUGCGCUUCGCAAUCGUUUGUCUGUUGGCUGCUACAGCUGUCACUGUAUCAUCUGCAUAUCCCAGGUAUGAUUCCCAAAGAAGUCAGCCCUAUGGUUUCCGGUUUGAAAAUUCUCCAUCAGAUCAAUAUCUGAAUGCUAUAGCAGGAGAAGGAAAUGACAACUUUAAUAAUCAAGUCAUAGCAGAUAGUACCCAACUUAAUGGAAUUUCUAAUGAAAAUUCUGGCAACGUCCGUUAUGCGAAUUCUCCUAUCCAUCAACGUGUCCUUGCUAACUCGGGAAAAGGCCAGAACAACCAUGGCAAUUUGGCCGCAGCAACUGGUAAACAGGAUAACAGUAUUGUUAACAAAAAUCGCCCGGGAUAUUCCUCUACUGUGGACUUAGAAAAUGCUCCUGUAUAUCAAGAUGCCACCGCAGAGGUAGCAAACGGAGACAAUUUGGCCAUCGCAAAUGCUUACCAAGAUAAUAGAGUAGAAAACGAUAAUGGACGUAUCAGGUCCGUUAAUUCUCCUAUUUAUCAGCAUAUCGCUGCUAAGGCAGAAGGAACAGACAACGAUACUCGACAACGCACGGCCAUAGCAAACGCUGAUCAAAACAAUGCAUUAGGAAAGAAUAAAAAGCGUCAAAAUGGCACAGCUAGAGCAUCAGGAUAUGGAAACUUUAAAAGUACGGCCACAGUAGAUAAUGUAGACCCUAAUAAUUAACUUGACGCUUAAAUUUUCACUAUCGAUAUUUUUGUUGGUGAUGUAAACAUUUUUUUAGCAGUUACUCAAACAAUAAUAUUUUGAAAAUUUUUAAAUGUUAGCUCCUUCAGACAUAUGUAUUCAAUUAUUUCGAAAAUAUCCGACCACUUAAAAAUCAUAUCUGAUUUUUCUAAAAAUCUAUAAUGAAGUUUCAAAAAAUGUCAAAAUGAUUGUAUGUUUGCUAAUUGAACUAAAAUAAAUACUUGCUAUCUGUAAAAAUAUUAAUUUAUUAAAAAACCAAAAA